UCAGCCCCUCCCCCAGCCGAGCCCGCGGUGCAUAUAGCUGCGGCGAGAAGCUCGCGGGCAGGAGCCAGAGCCGGGAGUGCGGGCUGGGCCGGGCUGGGCCGGGUUGGGCUGCGCGCACAGGCUUGGCCGCCGCCCCUGCCGGUAGCAUCCUCUGUCCUGACUGUGUGGCACGGAGAGCAAGGGGAGCCGCAGCCAUGACGACCGCCAUCUUGGAGCGCCUGAGCACCCUGUCGGUCAGCGGGCAGCAGCUGCGCCGCCUGCCCAAGUUCCUGGAGGACGGCCUUCCCAAGAUGCCUUGCACCGUCCCCGAGACGGAAGUGCCGCAGCUCUUCCGGGAGCCGUACAUCCGCACUGGCUACCGUCCCACCGGGCACGAGUGGCGCUACUACUUCUUCAGCCUGUUUCAGAAACACAAUGAGGUGGUCAACGUAUGGACCCACUUGCUGGCAGCCCUGGCUGUUCUCUUGCGAUUCUGGGCCUUUGCUGAGUCUGAGGCCUUGCCAUGGACCUCUCACCACUCCCUGCCCCUGCUCCUGUUUAUCCUGUCCUCAAUCACUUACCUCACUUGCAGCCUUCUGGCCCACCUGCUGCAGUCCAAGUCGGAGCUCUCCCACUACAGUGUCUACUUUGUGGACUAUGUUGGUGUGGCCGUUUACCAAUAUGGCAGUGCCUUGGUCCACUACUACUACAGCUCCGACCAGGCCUGGUAUGAUCGGUUCUGGCUUUUCUUCUUGCCAGCAGCUGCCUUCUGUGGCUGGUUAUCUUGUGCAGGCUGUUGUUAUGCCAAGUAUCGUUACCGGAGGCCUUACCCAGUCAUGAGGAAGAUCUGUCAAGUGGUGCCUGCAGGACUAGCUUUCAUUCUAGACAUCAGCCCUGUGGCACACCGUGUGGCGCUCUGCCACCUUACUGGCUGCCAGGAUCAGGCAGUCUGGUACCACACCCUCCAGAUUCUCUUCUUCCUGAUCAGCGCCUACUUCUUCUCCUGCCCAGUGCCUGAGAAGUACUUCCCAGGUUCCUGUGACAUUGUGGGCCAUGGACAUCAGAUCUUCCAUGCCUUUUUGUCUAUCUGCACACUCUCCCAGCUGGAGGCUAUCCUCCUGGACUAUCAGGGGCGGCGGGAGAUCUUCUUGCAGCGCCACAGUCCACUGUCCGUCUACAUGGCCGGUUUCUCCUUCUUCUUCUUAACUGCCUGUAGUGCUGCCACUGCAGCACUCCUGAGGCACAAAGUCAAGGCCCGACUGAGCAGGAAAGAAUCCUGAGGUUGGCAGAUGGAGUAAGAUGUGGAAGUAGUCCUUUCUGAUUUGAGGACAACUUGAUUAAACAAGAGAAGUUGACUAAUGGUUGGCUUUUCAAUUAAUAUGUUAUUUCCAAGGGUAUGCUAUGACUGCAGCAUUGGAAAGCCAAAGGAUUCAAGAGACUUGUUAAUCAAAGGGGUGUUCCUAUUCCUUCUGGGUCAUGACUUUACAAGUCACAAGAGGGAAGAGAUCUUGGCUAAGAUUCAUGGGAUGCUGUAUUAAGGAGAACCAUCUUUAUGCCUGAAUAUUUGGUAGAAGUCUAACUAUAGCCUCUAUGGGCAAUAAAAUUGGACGGGAAAGUAAGGUGACUUGUCUUCACACUGUUGGGACAGCCAUUCUGCUAUGCUGGUCAUUGAUAAUUAAAUUGAUCCAGGGUUUCUAUUGCAUUUGGAUUUUAGGUUGUUCAAAGUGGAAGUGUCAGAAUCUUCAAGAUGAUUGUGUGUAACCCUUAGACAUAAUGAAUUACUCAGUUCAUCUGAUUUCUGAUCCCUUCUCUCUCAUCCACUGUAACACUGACCCGUUCUCAGGGUGACUGCCUGGCUGUUUUCUCUGAAGUGCUGUUUACUCUCAUUCCUACUUUGCAUGGUGAUACAAAGGACUAUGGAGCAGUCAUACUCCUAGGAAGUGCUUGGAUCCACAUGGACAUUUAGAAAGCUUUUUAUCUUAUAAUACUAAUGUAAACAGCACCAGAAAGUGCAGUGCCAAGAGCCACCAGGAGAUCCAGCCAACAAGCAUGGAUAGUUUGGUGUCAUGGGACCCUUCUAUUUUAUACCUGUAGACUGCACGAUUACUUCAGAGCUAUUAGGGCUGCCAUAUAGGCUAGGAAAUCUGGAGGUUGCUCCAGGGAGUCUUCUCCAGAUUUUACCAUCAUGUUUUAAAAGCCCUUAGUAGGGUGAAUUGGUUCUAAGGGUUCCUCUAGGAUCUAAUUAUUUCAAGAGGAAUCCAAGGUCUAGCCUCCUACACAGAGGCUGUCUCAUGAAGGACCCCAUAACUACCCCACCCAGGGUCCUCAGGCAGGCAGUUCUGCAUCAGCUAAGAGCGGAAUCCUUAGGGUAAUCAAGUCCUAAGAGAGGCAAGCAGGUGUGCUUACUGUGAGUUGGUCCUUGAAGGCUCUUUUGGAUGAGAAUGUAUGAACCAGGCACCCUGUAACCAAACACUCUGUUUGGAACAUUGUGGAUAGGUGGUGCUUGCAACCGGUGUAUUCUGACCACACAGCUCUCUCUGAGGACUGAGUUCUGUACCAGUCCAGUGAAGGAGGCUGUGUCAAGGGAAGGGCUGGGAAGCCCUCUCCUCAGAGGCUCCUUUUCUUACCAGUAUAAAGUCCCUUACUUACUCAGAAGGGAAGUGGUUUGUUUUAGCUCCAAACUUCCUCUAUUAUUAGCCUACCUUGUUGUCUGCAGAUCUUUGUUUUCUUACUUUCUUGGAGAGUUUCAUGGGGUUUGUGCCUUAUAAAUGGAAAUGUGUGACUACUUAAUAUGUGGAAUUUUCUGCUCUGCAUUAUUGGGAUAAGAAAAAAGAGCUCAUUGCUUUCCAACCAGUAAAUGAAAAAAACUCUAGAAAGCUAAAACAACUAAUCAAUCAAAAGACUCCCAUCUGUAUUUGGGAGGGAAAAAAAACUCAACUGAAGCUUUCCUAUAAUCAUGUGGCCCAGCCCUAGUAGUAAAUACUGCUGAGGGUGCAUAGGAGAGAAUGGACACAAUGUGCCUAUAGUCCCAGCUAAUCAGGGGACUGAGGCAGGAGGAUCACAACAUAGUGACACCUGUCUUUGAAAAAAGAAAAGAGAAUCAUGCAUCUUAUCAGCUACUUUGUUUUCAGAAAUGGAUUUCUCCUGUUGAUCCUAAAAUAUCCGAACUUCUAUGCUACCCAAGUGUCUUAUACAAACUUUUGGUGUCUAAGACAAAUUCGUGGCAAAUAAAGCUAGUAAAACUGAACUGGGUUGAACCAAACAAAUGGAUAAAAGAAUAGUGCAAACAUGUUGCAAGUAGGAGGUCAAUUUAAAAAGGGGACUAGAAAGUGUUUUCAAAUUUAAUUAUAGAUUCGAAGAUCAUAUGUUCUUUUUAAAGUUCGAGGGGAGAGGUAAAGGAAGAGAGAAGAAGGGAGGAAGUGUAAGUCAAGUUUUUUAAUAUAACUGUGGUGGGCAGAGAUCUUUACGUCAAACCCAGGUAUUAUUUAGAAGAGAAUAGGAAGUUAGUCUCAACUGCAUCCAGAGACCAGUGCCGGUCUGUACACAGAUAAUGGCUUGGGACAUCAUAAGUUCAGGAAGAGAGACUGUAUUUUGAGAUAUUGCCAUAUGAUUGUUAUUUUAAUUUACACAAGUGUUACCUCCUUAAGUAACUAGAAAUUUUUUAAAAAAAACAGAUUUUUAUGAGAUAUUUAAGAGGCUAUGAGGUAGAGGACUAUGAAAUGCUGUCAAAAUACUAGUUUCUCAGAAACAUAUAAACAGUAAAUGCAGAUGUUUUAACUACUCAGACUUUCGUAGAGGCUAAGUACUUUUUUUUUUUUUAGGUUUUUGCUAUAGGGCUCAUGUGCUUGCCAGAAAGACAGAGACAGAGAGACAGAA